AGAACGCCUACGUUAUCACUUACAGUAACGACUGUGCCUAUACGUUGAAAUACACUUCGCGUUGAAUAGAAUUUGUACCCCAGGCACAUCGCGCUGCAGCUAUACGACAAAUAAUGAAUAGAAAACUUGACAUAUUCUGACCAGUGAAUAAUUACUUUAAAAUCGAUAAUUUUCCUAUGAAAUAACGCGCUAAUAAAAAGCUUGAGACUAGCCAUCGAAGCUGUAAAAUUAAAUCGUCAGUUUAAACGAACGUUAUAAUAAUUGUACGGUGUACCUGAACGCGUGGUCGAAUUUUUGUCACCUUUUCUCCAUCCAGUGAUGCAAAAUGUCUCGUACAUCUAGAAGAAAUUUAGAUCGUGAAAUACCUGGUGUUUUGGUGCCGGUUGAAAACAGAGCCUCUUUGGCCAGACGAGGUGUAAACAAUUUCAUCCAAGCGUUACCAGGACCCCAAGGCUGGACCAGAAAUGGAACAUCAUUAUCAUCGUCAUCGUCGUCGUCGUCGUUGAACACAACACGCGCCGCGAUACCGGGAUGCGCGACGCACAGAAUGCGCGGGGUUAACAUGGAGGCGAUGAAAAUUAUCCAGAAAAAGGUCGAAAACCUCGAUAUUUCGGAUUUGGAUGAUGAGAAGCAGAUUGUGUUCGAGCAAGUUGACCUUUACGCCCAAGGUUUUCCAGUCUUUGAAGAAAUACGAAGGCAGGGGAAACUCUGCGAUGUCACGCUUAAGGUCGAUGAUCAAAGUUUCAGUGCGCAUAGGAUAGUCCUGGCUGCGACGAUACCAUACUUUAAUGCAAUGUUUUUGAACAAUAUGAUCGAAAGCAAGCAAAACGACAUAACAUUACAGGGAAUUGACGCUGUAGCUUUAGAGGCAGCAAUCAAUUUUGCAUACAGUGGCCGGAUUACUCUGACUAAUAGCAACGUUCAAAGUCUUAUGAUGGGUGCAUCUUUUCUUCAUCUGCACAAAGUCAGAGAUGCAUGUGCCGAUUUUCUCAAAAAACGAUUUCAUCCACACAACGCACUUGGAAUUCGUCACUUUGCUGAUACGUUGAGCUGCGUAACUCUUGUCGAAGAAGCCGACAAAUAUAUUCAACAGUAUUUCCACGAAGUAUCUUUGGCUGAUGAAUUUCUUGCUCAACCAUUCUCUGAACUUAAAGAACUGAUCUGCAGAGAUGAACUGCAUGUUGUCUCCGAAGAACAAGUAUUUGAAGCCGUUAUGCGGUGGGUCAGACACGACAAAGAAAAUAGAACAAAAAAUUUACCUGAACUUCUAGCUUCUGUCAGAUUGCCUCUGCUUACACCUCAAUACUUAGCUGAUCAUAUCGCCAAGGAAGAUCUUAUUAGAAGUUCUCAUCAAUGCAGAGACUUACUAGAUGAAGCUCGUGAUUAUCACCUAAUGCCGGAGAGACGACAUCUCUUGCAAAGUUUUAGAUCCCGUCCGAGAUGCUGCAACUACAUAAUGGGCCACAUUUUUGCUGUGGGAGGUCUGACAAAGUCUGGAGACUCGCUCAGCACGGUUGAAGUGUUCGAUCCAUUCAUUGGUAGGUGGCAGACAUCGGAGGCCAUGACUAUGCUCAGGAGCCGAGUUGGUGUUGCAGUUCACAAAAACAAACUGUAUGCCUUUGGAGGCUAUAAUGGUACGGAGAGGCUUUCAACAGUUGAAGUUUAUGAUCCUUGUUUGAGGACCUGGAAUAAAAUUGGUCCCAUGCAAUGUAAGCGCAGUGCUGUCGGUACAACGGCACUAGGUGAUCACCUGUAUGUAUGCGGCGGUUAUGAUGGAGUUACUUCUUUGAAUACGGUCGAAAGAUAUUCCCCAAACACGGAUAAGUGGAAAAUGAUUAGUUCAAUGAAUAAGCAUCGCUCUGCUGGUGGAGUGGUUGCAUUCCAAGGCUAUGUUUAUGCGCUUGGUGGUCAUGAUGGUUUAUCUAUAUUUGAUUCGGUUGAAAGGUACGAUCCACUGAGUGGAAUUUGGACUGUGAUUAAACCAAUGUUAACAAGGCGGUGUAGAUUAGGAGUUGCGACACUUAAUGGGAAAUUGUACGUAUGCGGUGGCUAUGAUGGAUCGACUUUUCUACAAUCAGUAGAAGUCUACGACCCUGUUAUAGAUACGUGGAAGUUUGUGGCCCCAAUGAACGUGAUGAGGAGCCGUGUAGCAUUAGUGGCUAACAUGGGUAAACUGUGGGCAAUUGGUGGAUAUGAUGGAGUUUCAAAUCUGUCAACUGUAGAAGUAUAUGACCCAAGUACCGAUUCAUGGUCGUUUGUUGCGUCUAUGUGCGCACACGAAGGUGGAGUGGGCGUGGGAGUAAUUCCACUCUGUUAAAGCAGUCCAUGAUCUAAACGCCUUUUUCCACCAUUAUUGCUCAACAUCAUGGUUCACUGAUCAGUCAAUUUUGGUUGCACCGGAAAAAAAUUUAAUCGUUAUUACAGAUUUUACUGACUAAUUUAUUUUUAUAUUAAAGUCUGAGACUUAUGCAGCUAUUACCUAUUUAUUCGGUAGAGCUUUUAUUGUUCUGUGUAACGCACUAGAACUAUUCAAGACGAACUGUGGAAUGAAUCGAACCUGGUCUGAAGAAUUUGAAUUAAUUACGGAAUAUUGUAUAACGAUUGGUAGAUGUCUAACUUUUUUAUUUUGUAAAUUUAUUUGUGUUGUCUCACAUAUUUUGGACAUAUCUUCCAGCAUGAUAAUUUCGUUGAUUUUCAAUCAUAUUUGAUGUAUGUCCCGAACACUGAUAAUUAUCAUUGAUCUCAUUUUAUACUCUCUAAUCAGUUUUAAUAAUUAUUUACGACUCUUUUUUAUACCAAUGUUAAUAUUAAUCAAUAAAUUUUCAUACGUUCGACAAAAAAUU